AGGUUUAGCUUUUCCCUGGGGUUCCAUUAGCGCAGUAUGCAAUUGAAGCGUUACUUCGAAGAGUGUCAAUAGGCACUGUUCGAGGGGACAUGCAGGCCAAAUGCAAAGAGACAAAGGGAGGUCAGAAGAACGGGGUGAGGUACUUGCUGCAAAUAGAACUGACCAAAAUGCUUCAAUGAACUUUGAUGAAAAACAUGAUCGAUAUCUGAUACUACUUCAAUACAGGAACAGGAUAUUGAAAAGGUUGAAGGCAAAAGGUCCUAAACAAAUCCAACUGGAGCGUUUGGAACAAGGGUUUUCCAUCUAUGUAAAUGGUGCCAACUCUGAAUUAAAACGGCAACCAAGAUUUGAAGCAACUUCAAGAUCAGUGUGGACAGCUGAUUCUGCUUCAAGAUCAACUUUCAAUACUGAAGAGCUACAAGAAUUAGAAGCACUAAAACGUAGAACCCAAACUGCUCCAGACAAAGUUCAGCGAAAAGGUUGGGUGCAGUCUUCGGUCCAUAUUAAAACAGAGAAAGGUCAGCAGCUGCACCUUGGUCCACCUGUGGAAUACUCUAAUGAUUUUGAACCUUAUGAAAGUGUUAAUGUGGAGACACAGGAGAUAUUGUGUAACAGCUCUCAGAAUCUUGCUGAUAAUUCUUCUAGGCACAGAGGCAACUCCUGUGCCUUAUCAGAGUCCUCCUUCAUAAAGCCAUCAAGGACAUCGGAAACCCGCUGUUGUGCUGGCAGUGAAAAAAUACUGCUGAACAUGCAAGAUAUUAAGCUAUUGAGAAGAAGUCUGCAGCAGAAUGAUGAUUUCCAGCUUAAUGAGGAGAAGAUUAUUGGCAGUGAAGACUCCGAUUCACUGGAGGACGAUAUUGUAGAGCAGAUUGAAACUCAAGAGCCAACAGAAAGUUUGAAAGAUAUAGAGCUAAAUAAAGAAUUUUUCCCGAGGGAUCCAGAGGCAAAGCACAGCGGUCUACAUCCUGGAGAUCUGAUUGUGCUUGAUUUUGGGCCUAGUACAAAAAGCAAGCAAAGAGAGAGACUUCUAGCAGUAACAAGAAAAGAUGAUGUUGCAUCCUGCAUUCCUAUGAAACCUCUUCUAGUGAAAAGUAAAUCUUUUGACCGGUCUGCCACUCCUGCUUCCAACCAACAAACAAAUCUAAUUUCAAAGCAAGAGUGCCAUCUCGAGAGGGUACUUUCUGCUGCAAGAAGGAAUACAAGCCACAUGAAGGAUCCAGAAUUAUCUGCUUCUGUUGUCUUCAAAGCAAUGCAGAAAGAAAAUGAAGAUGUGCUUAGAACAAUGGAAAAGCAGAGCACAGUAACAAAAACACCAAUGUGUUGGCAAACACAUUCACCAGACACAGCCAUGAAUGGAAGAUUACAGUGUUCAUCAGUAAAGCAUGAUAUGAUCAAUAGAGCUAUUGAACGAAUCAGUCUCUUGGAACCCAGUCAACAAAAAAAACUUCGAAAAGUAUUGGAGAAAAUUGAGGAUCCCCUGAAUGACAGAUCCAGUAGCAGUGCUUUAAUAGCUAGAAAUUCACUCAAUACUGAGACUUGCCGGAGUGUUGGAGUAUCUGACAGCCUAAUAGGAAAGGAUAUAAUUUAUGUCUCAAUGGAAAUUUUGUCGAACUGGGGCAAUGAUAACAAAGUGGGCUUGACGGAAGUGCAGUUUUUUGACCUAAAACAACAGAAGAUUUUUGUUUCGCCUCAUGAUGUUGACAUCAGAAAUGCAUAUUAUCCUGGAAAUUUGGACUCUUUAGUAAAUGGAAAGACGAAGACCACAAAAGAUCGUCAUAUGUGGACAUGUUCUUUCCACCCACCGGUUCAAUUAUACUUUGUUCUGCGAAACCCGACCAAGUCACAUGACUUUGGUAUUUCUAAGAUCAAGAUUUGGAAUUAUAACAGAAACCUCAAUGAUCUUGAUAUUGGGGCAAAAAGUAUAAGGAUUUAUGUGGACGGUAAUCUGGUACAUGAAGAAGAGCUAGAAAAAGGCUGUGGAAACCAGGUGUUUGACUAUAAUACAACCAUUGAUCUGAGGCCCAGCAAAAGCAGAUUUUGUAUCUCCAAUGGGAGUGAUAUGGAAGAAGAAACUGAUAGUUUGGAGAGAGAACAGUGUGUUCCAUCUUCAGAACAAGCAAGUUCCUCAUUCUUUUUAAAUUCAAUGUUAAGUAAUAUGAGAAAUACUUCUAGUGGGAGUGAUACAGAAGAGCAAACUAAAGAAGUUGGGAAUUCGAAAAGAAACUCUGACUUUUGGUUACCACACCAAGCAAGUUGCUCAUUUUUAAAUUCAAGUUUAGACAGUGAGAAAAACAUGUUAAAUUAUUCAAUUGGCUCACCAAAGAGUAAGGUUUCUGCCUUGGAAGAAGGCAUGACGUUAACAGCUCCUGUUUCACUUGAGGAGUCACUCUUAAGGAUAAAUAUUUCAGAAGCCAGUAAGGAGCUGGAAGAGGUUCAUUGUGUUGAAUCCCUGGACCCAGAAGAUCAGCAGAAAAAGCCAACUGAAAAGAAAACAGCAGAAAUGUCACCAAUUUCAAAAGUGCCACUGUGGUUAAAAUCUCCAGAUGAAGGAAAGUCUCAGCAAAGUAAAUUGAAGAAGCCUUUAUGGCUGACUGAUGAAGUACCUAUAGAUCUAAGAAUUAACAAUUCAAGCAAAAUCAAUGAGGCCAGUAGUAGUUGGCCUGAUCUAUUUGAUCUUACUCAAAGUCACAAAGAUGCCAUUGGUACAACUAAUAAGAUCUUAAGUUGCAAUAGGACAGAAUUACCUGGCCCUCUUGAGAAGGGCAAAAUACAGACUGAUAGAAGUGAUUUGGACUUUCUAGACAACCUUGAGGAAAGGGACUCUUGUAUUCCUUCACUAGAAGAAGAGAGUCCAAGAAAUGACCACCCCAUCAGUGGAAGGAGAAGCUCUUUGAAAAGGCCAAGAAAUACAGAAUUGCUUAAUAUAAAUGACACUGAAGAGCUGCUUCAAACAGAUUACCAGAAGUCUUCAAAAUCUGUGGGGUCCACAAGAGCAAAGUGGCGAAAUGAGCAGGAUGACACCCUCAUGGAAUCGUGGGAUUCUUUAUUAAAGUUCAACAAGUCACAACGAGGUCGUUUAGCGAAUAUGGAUUUUGAGGGAGACAUAUUUGAUGAAUUCUUGCAGGAACAAAGAAUUGGAAGAGAAUCGAGACUUAAAUCCUUGCACCAGGAAUCAGUACAAGAACUCAAAGAGGAGAAACAAGAACAUGCAACUGAUCCUGAAAGAGAUGAUGAUGGAAGUGAUUUUGAAAUUCCAGUUUUACCAUAUGGCAGUCACUUAAUAAUUAAUAUUAUAUCUACUUGGGGUGAUCGACAUUAUGUUGGACUUAAUGGGAUUGAAAUAUUCAGUUCAACUGGAGAACCUGUAAAAAUAGCACAAAUAAAAGCAAAUCCAGCAGAUAUUAACAUUUUGCCUGCUUAUGGGAAAGAUCCUAGGGUAGUUUCAAAUUUGAUUGAUGGUGUAAACAGGACACAAGACGAUAUGCAUCUCUGGCUGGCUCCUUUCACUCCAGAAAGGCCACAUUUCAUCUAUAUUGACUUUGAAAAUUCCUGUCACGUAGCUAUGAUUCGAAUUUGGAAUUACAACAAAUCAAGAAUACAUUCCUUCCGUGGUAUUAAAGAUGUAGAAAUCUUGUUAAAUGGAAAGUUUAUUUUUAAAGGAGAAAUAGCCAAGGCAUCAGGAACACUAAGUGGAGCUUUGGAGCAGUUUGGUGAUACUAUACUGUUUACUACAGACGAUGACAUUCUGGAUGCAAUGUCCCGGUAUGAUGAAACAUUUACAGCUAAUAUUGAUUAUACCCUCCCACUUACACUUGAGGAAGAGCUUAAUAGACCUGGUACUGCAGAUGAUGGAGAUGAGAGGCCAUUCACACAAGCUGGCUUUAGGUCAGAGGAUAAACAGGAGGAGGAAGAAUCAUCCUUACUGUCGGUUGGACCAGCCAGUCAGGUACUUGGUGAAUAUACUGGGAAAACUGUACAGCUAAAUUUCACAGCUACUUGGGGAGAUUCCCACUACCUUGGAUUGACUGGACUGGAAGUUGUAGGCAAAGAUGGGCAAGCACUACCUGUCACAAUGGACAUUUUUGAAGCAAAACCAAGAGAUCUGAAUGAACUGCCAGAAUAUAAUGAAGACAGUAGGACAUUGGACAAGCUGAUUGAUGGGAUUAAUAUCACCACAGAAGAUGAGCAUAUGUGGCUGAUUCCUUUUACCAAUGGGGAGAAUCACAUCCUCACAAUCAAUUUCAAUCAGCAACAACACAUUGUUGGAUUUCGCUUCUGGAACUACAACAAGUCCCCAGAAGAUACAUACAGAGGGGCAAAGAUUGUCCACAUUACCCUUGAUGGAUAUUGUAUUUCACCACCAGAGGGCUUCCUCAUUCGGAAAGGUCCAGGCAAAUGUCAUUUUGACUUUGCUCAGGAAAUUCUCUUCAUAGAUUACCUCCAGAAGAACAAUGAAGCAACACCAAAACAGCAAAUUAGGAAUCAUCCUAGGAAGAUGGAACAGGCUAGUAUGGACUAUGAAUCUCCACUAAUGCCAUGUGGCUUUAUUUUUCAGCUGCAGUUGCUGACUACAUGGGGAGAUCCCUACUACAUUGGUCUUAAUGGACUGGAACUCUAUGAUGAUAAUGGUGAAAAGAUUCUGCUGACAGAGAAUAACAUUGCUGCUUUUCCAGACAGCGUGAAUGUUUUAGAGAAUGUUUCAGGAGAUGUCAGAACUCCAGACAAAUUAAUUGAUGGAGUAAAUGACACAAACGAUGGCAGGCACAUGUGGUUGGCCCCUAUUCUUCCUAAUUUGGUGAAUCAGGUCUACAUAAUCUUUGAUCGCCCCAUGGUUGUAUCAAUGAUUAAGCUCUGGAAUUAUUCAAAAACCCCUCAAAGAGGAGUAAAAGAAUUUGGGCUACUUGUUGAUGAUUUAUUAGUCUAUAAUGGAAUUGUGGAUAUGGUGAGUCAAGUGGCCCGUGGUAUCCUUCCAACCUGUGACCCUGUUAUCCCAUAUCAUACCAUUCUUUUCACCUGUGAUGAGAAGAUUGCACACAAAGAGAGAAAUACAGUCAUAAGCAACCAAGUGGAAGAUCAGGAUGUGAAAAUGACCAAUGAGCACCAAAUUAUUCAUCGAUCCAAGAAGAAGCAAACUGCUGACCCAGCUUUGCGACCAAAUACAUGCAUAACAGACAGGGGAUCAAUUGGGAGAAGAAGAUUCUGAUAAAUAUCUCAGUGUGGUGAAUUGUCUUGAAGUAUUAGUUAUUGCCUUUUUGGUUAGGAUUUGGAUUACGUUCUCCGUGUUAAUGACCGAAACACAGCAAGGAUGACAGAAAAUCUUCAAAGCGGCACCAGGCGGAGCAUACUUAAUAACUGAUUACCUAAUGUUGAGUUUAAAAUUGACAUACAUGAAUCAUUCCUCACUUUUUAAAUAUUACUUUUUGGUUUCUUGAGGGAAAUAAGAAUGCUGUGUCACCCAGUGCUGAGACAUAGUAGUUACAAGUCAAAUAUAGCAUGGCCAAAUGUAGCAUUGAGUAAGCUGUUUACUUAAUGCCAUAACGUGCCUUAACCUUGAGCAGCCUUUACAACAACACCUUUCAUGUGUCCCUCUCACCAAUAAUGUGUGCCAAUUAACCUGUAUCAUUACUUAAUGAUACUGUAACACAGUGACUAUUGAUCUCUCCUCAAAACUUUUAAAAUUUGGUACUGUCAUGACAUCAAUAUACCCAUCCAAAUUUGAUGGUAUUUAUCCACCUGUGUCAAGUAGAUAGAUGUUAAGUUUAAGAAAAUCUUUUACUUGCAAGUCUAAAGAAAUGUUCAACCUCUUGGAAUGUAUUGUCAUCAUUUGAUGAAAAAUUUCAUUCAGAAAUAUAUUUUUAGAAAUAUCUUGGAUUACUUAUCAAGCAUGCUCUAUUCCAAGAUCUAGCACUUGUUAGAUACAGGAAUGUUUUCAUUAAAUAUGUUCCUGCUGUUAGAAUAUCUUAUCAUCAUUCAGGUAGCAUUAUUUGUCUGGCAUCAACACUAAAUGGCCUUUAAGCAUCUGCUUGCUGAAACAGUGAAAGUUCCCGUGUAUGAAUGUGUUAAUAGUUUAAUAAUACAGCAAUUCGAUAGGUAACAAAAAUGGAAGGUGUAUAAUUUUACAUGUAUUUAUUAGGAAUUCUGUCCAAAUGGCUUCAUCUCAUAUUGAGAACUCUGGUCUGUUACCAUCUCACUACAAAAGAUAUGUAUUCUAAAGUAUCAACAAAAGCUAGAUUCCAUUACACAUAACUGAUGCUUUUGUCUUUUGAACCCUGACAAUGUUCAUAGCAAUUUAAAAGAUGCAUUAUACUAGUUUUCUAGUCAGACCUACAUCAGCCUUCAUGUGCUCUUUCAUUUUUAAUGUAAUAAUUGUACAUAUGUUUUAAUUAUGUAAAGAAAAUGUAUACUAAUUAAAAAAUCUAAUUUUAAAAUUCAAUGAAGUUUAUAAUAUAGUUUUGCAGUUUUAAAUAAAAAA